AUUCGCAGCGCAUGCAAAAGACGCCAACGAAUAUGACAGCGACGACCACCAACGAGCUAACCUCGAGUGUGUACCGCGGCCGCUGCAAGUACAAGAGCGGCCGGUGCCCGAACGAGCGCACGCUCAAGUACAACGGCGACAUCCACACGCUCUGCGAGGAGCACCGCCAGCGCCAUAACCAGAUCCAGUGCAAGUCGGACACCAAAAUUCGGUUCGUCAAGCGCCAGAAAGCACUGCUCAACAAGCUUGCGGCCGUGUCGCCGCCCGUCACUUCCAAAGGCAGUAGUAUCAAGCAAGAGCCGCUACGCGAUGAAAUGGCGCUGCCGAGACCCAAGAAGCUCCAGCCCCUCGAAUUCACGGCGCCGACCUGGACGCUCGACUGGUCCGACGAAGAGACGUUCAUCUUUACCAACAUCAUGGGCGUCGCGACGGCAACCACCGAAGCUUUUGUCUUUAGCGUCUAGUCAUGACUAGUUAUUUAACCUCCUGUAACCUGUACAUUCUACCAUCGACA